GAUGUGCGUUGGCCACACUAAUUACGUAUUUGCUCAGCAAAACGUACAAAAGACCCGCAGGUUUGCCUUGCAACUGGAAAAAAACAUAAGCGCCCGUAGAGUUUGUUUGACAUGACAAAGAACCUCUGCGGCCUGUCUACGGCUCGAAAAUGAGCACGUCACAUGCUCGCCCUCCAUGCGUUUCUUGCGUUUUUUUGCACGUAGACCGGCCACUUCCAUCCUGAACACCACUGUUUUAACUCGACAGACCGCUUCAGACUUGCCAUUGUUGCAUCGAGUUCCCUCUCGCCACGGCAGGUCAAUCAGAAUCAAACACCUUUCAUUUGCAGCUCCUGUCCUGCACGCUGGCUGAGCGUUUAACAGCUGUUCACCAUCUGUGCAUAAUAAAGUGUCACAUUUCAUUGUAACUGCAACGACAUUGUAGCGUUUUAAACAGUACAGUUUUCCCAACACUAUUUAUGAACCUUCAAUGGAGAACAUUUCGGAGGUAAAUGUGUCUGGAGAGGCAUAUCCCAAAUAAGUUGUAUGACAGACAACUAAACUGAGCAAUUACGGUAUUCUGUGUCGUAGUGACACACGCACACACACACACACACACACACACACACACGGGAAGUCCCAGACCACACUGAGAGUUCAUACCCAAAUGAGGUUCCAGGGUAAAAGACGCGAGUCUCACCCUCAUCUGCAAACAAGGACCUCACCACCUUCUUCAUCUCACCAGGUUUCAGCACCAAUGGGUGCUACUUGCCCCACAGGCCAGUACUGGGAUAGCUUGGUUAAAAAAUGCGUUCCCUGCAAGAUAAUGUGCCAGCAACCACUGGUCAUUACCAGAUGCUCCAACUACUGUGUGUUAGCGGAUUGUAAAACACUGCCUGGCCACUACUAUGAUGGGCUCCUGAGGAAAUGCGUGACGUGCGCUGAUGUUUGCGGCAGACAUCCGGCAGAGUGCUCCCAACACUGUAACAAUUUAUCUGUUCCAGUUACCACUAAAAACUUCCUGGUUAAAGUGACCUCACACCUGCCAAAUUCCAAAGGGCUCUCGGCGGAAGACUCCACCGUCCUCAUCUACUCCCUCCUGGUUGUGUGCUUGGGGCUUCUGCUGUCCAGCCUGUCUUUUGCCUUGGUGGUUUUCCUGAGAGGAAGCAGAGCCAGAACAAUACUCCACCGAGAGCUCGUCGCCAAGCGGGGCCAGGGCGUCGGUCAGCGAGGACCAAAAGAUUGUGUUGCACAUCCAAGUGGAGCUGCAGAUGAAUCAAUCCCCACUGAGACGUCGGUGUGUGUCCACUGCUUCCCCGAUUUCACAGCAGUUGGCAGCGACAACAAGAAGCCUCACAGAGCACCUUUGAUGCACUACCAGCAAGAUGUCCUGAACCACGCCCGGAUGCAACAUCAGUGUCCUCCCCGGGCACAGGGAAGGUCUCAUACGCCCACACUGGAGGUGCAUGAGGGGUUGAUGGUGGGAUGAAGCUUAUAUUUACAUUACUUAUUUGUAGAAAUCAAUGUGUCCCUCAAGGUAUAAUCUACACUAAAGCGCUAAUGAUUGGACUUUGAAGUAACUACCAAUAACCUUUUCAGGGCCAAGUCAUGUGUUAAAAGGUACAGAAGAGGGUUGCAACCCAGUGAUAAACCAUUGUUUCCCUAAUAAUAUACUAAA